AUGACCAGUAGCAAAUCCUCAGAAGAAGCCGCCUUCCUCAAAGCCCCAGGGAAACAAACUUUUACCAACCCACCGCGGGUCCUCGUCAUAGGCGCAGGAAGUCGCGGUACAGCAUACGCCAAAGCCGCUCUAUCAUCCACAAACGCUAUCAUCGCUGCAGUAUGUGAACCCAUAGCAUACAAGAGAAAUGAAUUCGGGCGGAAGUUCAUCUGGGGGUCCGACGAGGGUGCGGUAGCGUCACAUGGGAGCGCAUUUGUAGAUUGGAGGGAGUGGGUUGAGUAUGAGACGAGUCGACGGGAGCAAGAAGUGAAGGGUGGUGGGGAAGUGGGUAACCGCAUCGAUGCAGUGUUUGUUUGUGUGCUGGACGAGAUGCAUGAGGAGGUUGUGUGUGGGAUUGCGGGGCUGAAGGUGCAUGUUUGUGUGGAGAAGCCGUUGAGUACGCGGCUGGAAAGUUGUAUGAAUAUUUAUCGGGCGUUGGAGGGGGAUAAGGCGGCUACGGAUGGAUAUACGAAUGGGACGGCGAAUGGGGAAACGAAUGGGGUGGUUAAGCAAAAGGAGACGAUUUUCGGCAUAUGUCAUGUGCUGAGGUACUCGCCGCACAAUAUGCUGUUGAGGCAUUUGCUGCUGGAGAAGGAUGUCAUUGGAGACGUGCUGAGUAUUGAGCAUGUUGAGCCGGUUGGCUGGUGGCAUUUUUCUCACAGCUACGUUAGAGGUAACUGGAGAAAAGAGUCGACGACUGCACCUUCGCUGCUUACAAAGUCAUGCCAUGAUAUCGACUUUCUCAUGUGGCUGCUCUGCUCGCCCGCUCCCAACGCAGAGAACGCACAACCGCAUUUACCUUCGUUCAUUACUUCCACCGGAUCUAGGAAGUUCUUCCGCAAAGAGCGGAAACCAAAAGCGGCCGGCAGUGCUACGAACUGUCUAUCAUGUCCACACGAAAGCAGCUGCGAUUAUAGCGCGAGGAAGAUCUACCUCGCGAAACAUCUAGAGUUUGGCAACACGGGUUGGCCUGUGAAGAUUGUUAAUCCAGAGAUCGAGGACAUCUACAAGACCUCUGGAAAAGAGGCAGCGGCAAAGCAGCUACUCGAAAACCUUGGUGAAGACUACACGAGCGAUACCCCUCCUAGCGAGGUCGAGGCACGCCCUUGGUUUGGACGAUGUGUAUGGGAGGCCGACAAUGAUGUCUGCGACGAUCAGUGCGUGACAAUUACGUGGGAUGAUGAUCCCAUCGAGAAGGACGACGACGGACGGCCGAUUCUAAAAGGUCGUGGCGCAAAGACGGCGCAAUUCCACAUGGUUGCCUUUACAGAGAAAAUCUGCGAACGACGCGGAAGAAUCUACGGCACAAAAGGCGAAAUCGAAUACGACAGCACCACGAUCAAAGUACACAGCUUUUCCACGGGCUACACCAAGACUCACAAACCGCACAUGGUAGGUGGUGGCCAUGGAGGCGGCGACGAAGGACUCGCCCGCCAGUUCCUCAUGGCGGUCAACGCAGUAGACUCUGGGACACUCUCAGCCGCCGACGCGCAAGUCAAGUUCCUCGGGUGCGACCUAGAAGAAGCAUUUAGAAGCCACGCAAUGGUUUUCGCGGCCGAGGAAGCUAGGACGCAGCGGCAGGUGGUCGACUGGAAGAAGUGGUGGAGUGAGCGGGUAGAGUCGCAACUAGGCCAGCGGUAA